AAAAAAAAAACUGUCUCCCUGGCCCGGGGCCAGCGUCCCAGCCCCCUUCGCCGCCGCCGCCGCGCCGCAGCCAGGGAAAACAACUGCUCACUUCUCCCUGCGUCCGCCCCGCGCGCUCCCUGCUUCCCGGCGGCCGCGGGAGCCCAGCCCGGCCGGGGGAGGCGCGGAGCGGGCCGGCCGCCCGGCCUUCCUCUCCCCUCGCUCCUCCUCUCCGCCUCAACCCGCUCGGCCUCCGCGCGGCCGCCUCACUUCGGGGCCUUCGCAGGCCCCCGGCCCCGGCUCGUGGCUGGGCUCCUUCCCGGGGCUCUGGAAGUUUCCGGGCUCCCCGCGGUCCAGCCUCCAUCUCUUGGCCUCGCACCGGGCCCCCGGCCGCGCCUGCCGUCCCCUCCCCGCGCGCUUCCUCCGUUCCUCUCCCUCGCUGCCCUCUCUCCCCCCUCUCCCGGGGCUCCCGGCUUGCUACCCCACCCCCCUCACCCCCCCCCCCGGGGGGCGCCGCGACCAUAGCCCCGGCCCGGGCGCGCCCCCCGGGUCCUGCGGCCCCGGAUGCCCGGGCCCCGCGGGGCUGCUGGCGGCCUGGCCCCUGAGAUGCGCGGGGCGGGGGCGGCGGGGCUGCUGGCGCUGCUGCUGCUGCUGCUGCUGCUGCUGGGCCCGGGCGGCGGGGCCGAGGCGGGGCCGGCGGGCGAGCGGGGCGCCGGCGGGGGCGGGGCGCUGGCCCGGGAGCGCUUCAAGGUGGUCUUUGCGCCGGUGAUCUGCAAGCGGACCUGCCUCAAGGGCCAGUGUCGGGACAGUUGUCAGCAGGGCUCCAACAUGACGCUCAUCGGAGAGAACGGCCACAGCACCGAUACGCUCACGGGCUCCGGCUUCCGCGUGGUGGUGUGCCCUCUGCCCUGCAUGAACGGCGGCCAGUGUUCCUCCCGAAACCAGUGCCUGUGUCCCCCGGACUUCACCGGUCGCUUCUGCCAGGUGCCCGCUGGAGGAGCUGGCGGGGUCACCGGCGGCGCAGGCCCCGGGCUUGGCCGGGCCGGGGCCCUGUCAACAGGCGCGCUUCCGCCCCUGGCUCCAGAAAGCGAGUCUGUAGCCAGCAAGCAUGCCAUCUACGCGGUCCAGGUGAUCGCUGAUCCGCCCGGGCCCGGGGAGGGGCCCCCUGCCCAGCAUGCAGCCUUCCUGGUGCCCCUCGGGCCAGGACAGAUCUCAGCGGAAGUGCAGGCCCCGCCCCCCGUGGUGAACGUGCGCGUGCACCAUCCUCCCGAUGCCUCGGUCCAAGUUCACCGCAUCGAGGGGCCGAACGCCGAGGGCCCAGCCCCCUCGCAGCACCUGCUGCCGCACCCCAAGCCCCAGCACCCCCGGCCACCCACCCAGAAGCCCUUGGGCCGCUGCUUCCAGGACACACUGCCCAAGCAGCCUUGCGGCAGCAACCCCCUCCCCGGCCUCACCAAGCAGGAAGACUGCUGUGGGAGCAUCGGCACCGCGUGGGGCCAGAGCAAGUGUCAUAAGUGCCCCCAGCUACAGUACACAGGGGUGCAGAAACCAGGACCUGUACGUGGGGAGGUGGGCGCUGACUGCCCUCAGGGCUACAAGAGACUCAACAGCACCCAUUGCCAGGACAUCAACGAGUGCGCGAUGCCCGGCAUGUGUCGCCAUGGUGACUGCCUCAACAACCCCGGCUCCUAUCGCUGCGUCUGCCCACCUGGCCAUAGCUUGGGCCCCUCCCGAACGCAGUGCAUUGCGGACAAGCCAGAGGAGAAGAGCCUGUGCUUCCGCCUGGUGAGCCCCGAGCACCAGUGCCAGCACCCGCUGACCACGCGCCUCACCCGCCAGCUCUGCUGCUGCAGCGUGGGCAAGGCCUGGGGCGCGAGGUGCCAGCGCUGCCCGGCUGAUGGCACUGCUGCCUUCAAGGAGAUCUGUCCAGCUGGGAAGGGGUACCACAUCCUCACUUCCCACCAGACCCUCACCAUUCAAGGCGAAAGUGAUUUUUCCCUUUUCCUGCACCCUGACGGGCCACCCAAGCCCCAGCAGCAUCCUGAGAGCCCCAGCCGGGCACCGCCACCUGAGGACGCGGAGGAAGAACGAGGGGUGAGCACGGACUCACCAGUGAUGGAGGAACAGUCGGCACAGCAGAGCCACCUGACCGCCACCACAUCUCCUGCCAGGCCCUACCCUGAGUUGAUCUCCAGGCCCUCGCCUCCCACCGUGCGUUGGUUCCUGCCAGACCUGCCCCCUUCCCGCAGUGCAGUGGAGAUUGCUCCUACCCAGGUCACAGAGACAGACGAGUGCCGACUGAACCAGAACAUCUGUGGCCACGGCGAGUGCGUCCCGGGCCCCUCGGACUACUCCUGCCAUUGCAAUCCGGGCUACCGGUCGCACCCGCAGCACCGCUACUGCGUGGACGUGAACGAGUGCGAGGCGGAGCCGUGCGGCGCCGGGAGGGGCAUCUGCAUGAACACGGGCGGCUCCUACAACUGCCACUGCAACCGCGGCUACCGCCUGCACGUGGGCGCCGGGGGGCGCUCGUGCGUGGACCUGAACGAGUGCGCCAAGCCCCACCUGUGCGGCGACGGCGGCUUCUGCCUCAACUUCCCGGGUCACUACAAGUGCAACUGUUACCCCGGCUACCGGCUCAAAGCCUCACGACCGCCCGUGUGCGAAGACAUCGACGAGUGCCGAGACCCUAGCUCCUGUCCGGAUGGCAAAUGCGAGAACAAACCCGGGAGCUUCAAGUGCAUUGCCUGUCAGCCCGGCUACCGCAGCCAGGGGGGCGGGGCCUGCCGCGACGUGAACGAGUGCGCCGAGGGCAGCCCCUGCUCACCGGGCUGGUGCGAGAACCUCCCAGGCUCCUUCCGCUGCACGUGCGCCCAGGGCUACGCGCCUGCGCCGGAUGGCCGCAGUUGCCUGGGUGAGCCCCAGCCCUGCCAGUCAACGCCCCCCGCACCCACGCCGCGCGCAAACUGGGGACCGAGUCUGUCCCACAGUGGGCAGGAGAUAGAUAAUGCACCCUCCAGUUCACGCAUCUAUCCCCGGAGGCACAUUCCCCCCCCCCCCCCCCGCAAGAAGCGACUGGUUUCCUUGGAGCCACUCUUCCUGCUUCCCUCACUCCCCACAGACAUAGAUGAAUGCAGCCAGGACCCCGGCCUGUGUCUUCCCCACGGGGCCUGCGAGAACCUGCAGGGCUCCUAUGUUUGCGUCUGUGACGAGGGCUUCACGCCCACCCAGGACCAGCACGGCUGUGAGGAGGUGGAGCAGCCCCACCACAAGAAGGAGUGCUACCUUAACUUCGAUGACACCGUGUUCUGCGACAGUGUACUGGCCACCAAUGUCACCCAGCAGGAGUGCUGCUGCUCGCUGGGGGCUGGCUGGGGAGACCACUGCGAGAUCUAUCCCUGCCCAGUGUACAGCUCAGCUGAGUUCCACAGUCUCUGCCCAGACGGGAAGGGCUACACCCAAGACAACAACAUUGUCAACUACGGCAUCCCGGCCCACCGUGACAUCGACGAGUGCAUACUGUUCGGAGCAGAGAUCUGCAAGGAGGGCAAGUGCGUGAAUACGCAGCCCGGCUACGAGUGCUAUUGCAAGCAAGGCUUCUACUACGACGGGAACCUACUGGAGUGCGUGGACGUGGACGAGUGCUUGGACGAGUCCAACUGCCGGAACGGAGUGUGUGAGAACACGCGCGGCGGCUACCGCUGUGCCUGCACGCCCCCCGCCGAGUACAGCCCGGCGCAGCGGCAGUGUCUGAGCCCGGAGGAGAUGGACGUAGACGAGUGUCAGGACCCGGCAGCGUGCCGCCCUGGCCGCUGCGUCAACCUGCCGGGCUCCUACCGCUGCGAGUGCCGCCCGCCCUGGGUGCCCGGGCCCUCCGGCCGCGAUUGCCAGCUCCCCGAGAGCCCAGCCGAGCGUGCCCCGGAGCGACGGGACGUGUGCUGGGCCCAGCGCGGAGAAGAUGGCAUGUGCGCGGGACCCCUGGCCGGGCCAGCCCUCACCUUCGACGACUGCUGCUGUCGUCAGGGCCGCGGUUGGGGAGCCCAGUGCCGCCCUUGCCCGCCACGCAGCGCUGGGUCCCAGUGCCCAACGUCACAGAGUGAGAGCAAUUCCUUCUGGGACGCGAGCCCCCUGCUGCUAGGAAAGCCCCCUCGAGAAGAGGACAGCUCGGAGGAGGACUCGGACGAGUGCCGCUGCGUGAGUGGCCGCUGCGUGCCGAGGCCCGGCGGCGCCGUGUGCGAGUGUCCGGGCGGCUUCCAGCUCGACGCCUCUCGUGCGCGUUGUGUCGACAUCGAUGAGUGCCGAGAACUGAACCAGCGUGGGCUGCUGUGCAAGAGUGAGCGCUGCGUGAACACAAGCGGCUCCUUCCGCUGCGUCUGCAAAGCUGGCUUCGCACGCAGCCGCCCACACGGGGCCUGUGUGCCCCAGCGCCGCCGCUAACGAGGCCCUCAGCCAUCAGCGAGGGGUUCCCGCCUGACCCUCGGGGUGAACUCAGUCUCUCACCUGUGUUCCAACUCGGGGCUCGGACCCAGGAACUCUCCGGGGGUCUUAGACCCCUUCCUGCGCCCCGAGUUCUAAGGGCGCCCUUACAGGCGCCGCCCAGUUCGCAGGCGGAGUGUGGGACUCUCAGGCACUGAGGUCCUUCCUCCCAGAGGGCGUUUCCUGGAAACUGAUAAAUCAAACCAUGCCUCUGCACUCUC